CCGCGGGGGCCCGACGGCCGCAGCCCGCCGCUGUGAGGGCAGCGCCGGCCGGGGACCCAGAUUCGAUGUCCUGAGCAGCCCGCUCUAAGAUGAAGCUAUGGAAGUUGGCAGCUGUCGUCUCCAUGAUCUGCAGCUCCAUGCUGUCCGUCUACGUGUGUAGAGACACAUUUCGCACUGGCCGACAACUCAGCUCCGCUCGGCCUCCCGCCAACAGGGGAGGCCUCCGCAGAUCCCCCCGGGCCCUGGACCACCGGAGACCCCUGAUCUCUCAGUACCGAGCUCUGUUCGAGAGCUACACCGAGGGCGAGAUCCGCGAACUCGUCGCCACGCUGGUGGAGCGCUACAGCCCGACCAUGAACUCCGGCGGGCACGAGCUGCCCCUCUCGGGCCGGGCCGGGGCGCGGCGGAAGCGGGCCCGGGCCCGUCACAAACCCUGCGGGCUGCGGGAGCUAGAGGUGAGCGUGAACGAGCUGGGGCUGGGCUACGUGUCGGAUGAGACGGUCCUCUUCCGCUACUGCAGCGGCACGUGCGAGACGGCCGUGCGCGUCUACGACCUGGGGUUGCGCCGGCUGCGGGAGCAGCGGCGGGUGCGCAAGGAGAAGGUGCGAGCCCAGCCCUGCUGCCGCCCCCUCGCCUACGACGAGGGCGUCUCCUUCCUGGACUCCAAGAACCGCUACCACACGGUCAGCGAGCUCUCGGCCAAGGAGUGCGGCUGCGUGUGUCCUGGGCCGGGGGCGGCGAAGGAGUUCUGGGGGUGUUGGGCCGACCCUGCCCGGCUCUUGGGCCGCCGGGUCAUCUACCUCAGGGGCACGGCUGGACUCCGGCGGGGCUCCCGCUCCCUUCCUCCGCCCGCCCCCCAGGCCCGGCGCCACCCGCUUUCUCCCCUUGGGUGGGAGCCCUUGGGGGCCGAGACGCCGUGCCGAUCGGAAGCCAAGGACUCUACCUCCUACACGAAGCCUUCCCAGGCUACCUCCUCUCCCACCCCAGGCCGGGGCCCCUCGGCAAGCUCGUGUCCAAGGGGGUGGCUCCGCUCUCGCUUUCCGGAGGGCUGUAGCCGGGGCCGUCCAAGAAGGAGGUGGAGGAGGAGGACGGACGGUGCUGUUCGGACGGCCGGUCUGUCGGGCUGGGGAGGGGUGGGGCCCGUAGGCUCUCAGGCCCCGGAGGAGGUGGUUCUCCGGGGGCCGGAGCCUCGGCGCACGGUUGGGUGGGAUGGGAUUGUACACACACCGGCUGAGCAUUGCUGCCUGAUGCUGCUGAGUUGGCCCCGGGGGGCCUGGGCCCGCCUGGCGGGAAAGCGGCUCAUCCGGACGGCUGGCGCUCUUGGCCCUCCCCCCGGCUUCCUCCGGCUCGUGAUCGCGGUGACGGGGCCGGGGCCGGAGCUGGAGUUUACAUUCCUGGAAAAGCCAACCCCUGAUACCAACUCCACGGUGCCCUUGGCCAGGGAGAGUCCCACAAGGAAAAAGCUGAAGGAGGUGGGAAGUUAUGUAGUCUGA